AAUACGAAUAAAAUCUGAGCUCUAUAUUUCCAAAAAAUUCGAUUGUAACUGUAACUAACCAAUUAUAUUAUCCUUUGCUGGGGAUAAGUUUGAAACCAGAACUCGAUAUUGACUGCGAGUUCCGAAAGGAGCAAAUUGGCAGAUUUCGAGCCAACACAGUCCGUGAUUAUUCCCGUGGCGGACCUGGAAUCGGAAGGGAUGGCAAACAACUCACUGAUUAUACUUUCAAAAUGAAAGGGACCCCAAAGAAAGAAGGAUUCUCAGAAUUUGCGGACAAAGAUCCAAAACGGCUGACAAUCGAGGACAACACCACGCAGGUCAAAAAUAAGAUCCAUAGCUCACCAAACUCCUACAAAGAUGACUUCUUUAACACAAAUUGCAAUUUUGUGCUCUACAAGGACUCGAACCCACCCGCAAAAGCUAAAGAUCGGGGCCUGGCCAAAGAAUCUUCAGACGAAAAGGCGUCUUCAACCGUCAAUAGUCCGAUUCUAGUAAAUCCAUUGACUGAAAUCAGACGUUUAGGACCUCCAGCAUUGACGAAAUAUAAAAAGAAAGUCAUUAAUUUUGAAAGAGAGUAUAAGAAAAACAAAAAAGGAAAGAAACAAAAGAAGGAAGGAAAUGUACAGGAACCAUUAAUAGAUCUGAACAAUAAGAACAAGAUCAGAGCGGAGCUUCAAAAGAGGUACUCCUAUGUGCCGAUUGUGAGAAUAAAGGUCCGCCCAAAAUUCUAUAAGGCCUUCAAAAGUCAUAGAAAAUGGCUAAGGGCCGAGCACAGACUCAAGCAAAUCGAGCAAACACAUUAUUGUACACCCAUUCAAAAUUGUUUUACUAAGACUUCGGAAGAGCAACGUUUCCAAAUGCGAAAAAUCUUGAAUGUUCGACCCCGAAAGAUCGUAAAACCAUAUUGCAUACCAAAAAUUGUGGUACCCAAGCCAGUUGAGGAAAGUGUAAAAAACACAGUUUCAAGCUGCUCGUUGAUCAACAAACCCAUCGAGGCAAUAGACCGGGGUCAGAGAUUGAAGAACCUUCUAAUGGAUAGCAAACGCCUAAGGAAUCAGGAAAAAUUGCACCAUCUGGUACUUCCCAAGGAUCCGGUAAAGGCAUUCUACUUACCCACUCUCGAGCGAAGAGAAAGUUUUAAAUCCAGUUUACAGCUCCUAGAUUCCCAAAAAAAAAGUGUGGAAAUAGAACAGAAAAUCGAUUUUGAAAGUGCCAGGACCUAUCACACCAGCACUUCAGGGUUAAGUAAUCCAAUGGGCGAGACUCCAUCAAGUACUAAUCUCAGUUCUCUCUCCACCUGCAGUUUGCCUGCAUCGCCGAAAGCUCCUUCCAUUUCCACCCAAUAUUACGAAGCCCAACAACCGGCGGAAACUUUGAAUUCCUGCAUGGGUGUACCCGAAAAACCUCAACUGAAAGUAUUAUUUGAAAGAAAAGGCACAGAAAUGCGUGGGAAAAAGAAAUUUGGCCUACGUUGUGGUGUACCAAAAGCAUUACCAAAAACAUUUUUAAGUAAACACCGAGAGCAGGUGAAAAGAACUCCUGCAGACGAUUUGGAAGUCCCGAAUGUGAAAUACUUACCUUUAAGAGGCGAUUUCAGGAGUUAUUUCGAGUUGGAUAGCGUUACCCUCCAGAUUCUCCAUUGGAUGGCCAGAAUGCGUUUUAAGGACGGCCAGAUCGAGGGCCAGAAGAGGAUUUGUAACUAUUUGGUGCACUUUUACAGGACGCGUUUGCUUCACGAUGGUCUGUUCCUCCAUUGGUUCGUCAACGAGGGCUUCUUUCCGGCUCACUAUCUAUUAGAGAAACUAUCCGCCGAAGAGCUGAAGGCCUUGACCAAUACCCAGCUAGACAAUGACAUAUUUAAGUAUAUAAAUCGCGUAAACAGGCCUGAUCAGGAGCAAAUACGCUUCACAUUCCAGAUGGCCCACCUGAUGGUGACGUCCUACUUUAGGGUGCUUUACCAUCGGGCCAUCUCCGAAAGUCGACCGUCAAAGGAGAGAUUUUUGCUCAGGUGUCGCUUUGCCGUUUCGAUGGUGGAACAUUAUCAGCAGGAGAGAGAUCGUCGGUUGUUCAAGGAUCGAAUCAAUUGCUUAAAACUUAUGGAUUGGGCCCUGCGUCACGAGUGUCGCGUCAAACAGCUCUUCGAUGAGCCCAUCAGCUAUGCCAAGGAGCGGGCCGGCCUAGAGAACAGUGUGGUGAUGCGGACGCCCAAUUUGCAGUCCUUGAAGGAGUUCUACCAUCGAGGCGUUCUGCCGCGACCCGAUGCUUUGGCCAUUAAUCCCAUGGCUUCGAGUAUCAGGCGUUAUCCCGAUAAAGAGCGAGUUCGACCCCUCGACUUUCGGUGUGCCAUUCAGGGUUGUCUCAGCGGCCUAAACUCGCAGACCCUAAUGGCCCACUUCCUCACUGACCACUGUCGCCGCAUGGAGGAGCUCUGGCUAACGGAUCGCAUGGUUUUGCUCUUCUAUCCAAGCUCCUACCCUCCCAUGCAGAUCUACUGCAUCUGUGUGAUCGCUUUGCUGGACAAGAUGCCAUGCAGCUUAAUGCCACAACCCAGGAUUAUUCUCAACGAAGAGUUGCCCUCGAAACUUCUCUAUUUCGCCGGACAUAUACCCUGUUUCUUGAUGUUCGCCCAGGUUGCCAGAAAGGAUGUUGAAGACCACGCAAAACGGAAGCUUUCACACGCGCCAAUAGCCGGUAAGGAUCCACUAGGUCCACUCGACGAGGAUCAUGCCACCAUAUUUGUCUUUUGGCUGGCCAUAGCCGACUUUGAUUAUUCGAAUGUCGGCUGUCGACUUUAUGUUUAUUGCCAGGAUCGCAGCGUCAGAGGCAGGUCCCUUUUGGACUUUAUGAAAAUGUCAGAAUUCAAGAGCGUGGCACAUAUGAUCACCAAUUAUCCGAAAAGCUAUCUGGCCAUAGAUUAUCCCACAAUGGUGUCGCUUACCAAGGAUUUCAAAGAGCUCGUCUUUAUCGAAGUGCGCUAUGACAAUAAGUUGGUUGACAAUUUAGAUGAUUCUGGCGAUGAGACCUUUGAUGUCUGAGCGCGGGAGGAUUGGUUCUAGAUUAAUAUUAUCUUUUAUAAUUUAAUUUAUAUGCCCAUUGCCUUUGCAUAUAAAUUUUGAUAUGCCUAAGUUUUACAAAUUGCUAUGUAAAUUUCAA